AUGCUCACGAGCCUUUUAUUCACGACGCUCGUAAGCACUGUUUUCGUACAUUCAGUUGGGGCAAACGCCACAUCCCCCUACGUGUUCAAUAUUCCUCCUAGUAACACUGGAUUGGAUAUUCUUGGUCCACCUUAUGAUAGCAUUUUUGUCGAUUUGAACUAUCCCGCUACUGGCGUCUAUCUCACCAAUUGGACUGUUUUGAUGAAUCUUGUGCACAGUCAGGACUAUUAUGGAGCGGCAACGGUGUACUUCCAAUACGAUCAACCCUAUGAUACAUAUGAAUCGGUGUAUGAGCAUUCACUUAAAGAAAUCAUUGCGGAAAAGAAUGACGCUGAAAUGUUUCAACGCUACAACAACCUGCUCACCGCCGCCAAAACGCUGGGCCGCUACCCACUUCCCAGUGAUGCUAUUCCUUUUAUUAUUCCGGUUACUGAUAAUACCACCAUUUCGAAGAGAGAUGAUCGUCAUUGCAGUUGGAACCAUCAUGCCCAAGUCGACAAUUGUCAGGAGGCGAUUGACAUUAUUGACGUUAAUGUUCCUUAUUCAUUCAAAAAAGAAAGAAGGAGUCAGUUUGUUAGCUCCGCGUGGGGUUGCUACAUUACAGUCGAUCUUACCGAUGUGCAGGAGAUGGAAUUUCCUGAUGGAUCGAUUAUUAAGAGAGAUGCCCAACAAACUCUGAUACAUUGUGCCAAUCGUCUGGCUCCCGAUCUUGGUUAUACUGUUAGUGGCUUUAAAAUUGAUUACGGCAACCAUCUGAAAGUGUGUAUUAGUGACAGAGGCACUGGCUGUUAACUUGGUUUCCUCAUUUAUGAAAGAUUUAUUUGUUGCCGAUUAUUCGAAGACAUUCCUGAAUGAUAAAUGCGCUCGUUAAUAAUAAUUCAUUCAGUGAUAUAGGUAUUCAUUCAGAUGGCUGAAAUAUAGUGUAUUACAUUUG